UACACAUAGAACUCAUAAUUCUCUUCUAUAUAUCCAAUGUCGUCGGCCGGAAACUCUGGCGGCGGAGAAAUGGCCGGAAAUUCACCUCAGAAUUACUACUGCUACGGAUGUCAGAACACUGUCAGCUUAACACCAUUGCCAAAUUCUGAACUCUCAUGCCCUAAUUGCAAUGGUACAUUUUUAGAAGAAUCCCAAACCGUCCCUCCUCCAGAUCCUAUUACCGGCGACAAUCCCUUCGGAGACGACUCAUCGUUUUCCUUCCCCACCGAUUCCGGUAACGGAGGCGGCGAUGAACUUCCUGCACUCUUCGAUGGUGGCGCCCUUUUCGGCCAAUCACCUGUUGAACUAGACCCUGUUACGUUCAUCAAUAGCUAUUUAAGGGAUGGUGAUGCUACUAUUCAAUUGCUGGUUGAAAACAAUCUUAUCCGCGGUGGUGGAGGUGAGAAUGGGUUACCGGAGAACUUUGGUGACUAUUUUGUGGGGCCGGAUCUCGAGCAGCUGAUUCAUCAACUUGCUGAGAGUGACUUGAACAUGUUUGGUACACCACCUGCUGCAAAAUCGGCUGUUUCGGGCCUUCCUGAUGUUAAGGUGAGUGAUGAGCUGUUGAAUUCGGAUUUAUCCCAAUGUGCUGUUUGUAAAGAUGGUUUUAAGCUGGAUGAAUUGGUGAAGCAAAUGCCUUGCAAGCAUAUGUACCAUGACGGCUGUAUAUUACCUUGGUUAGAAAUGCGUAAUUCGUGCCCUGUAUGUCGGUUUGAGUUGCCAACUGAUGAUUCUGAUUAUGAGAAUAUGAGAAGUAACAAUGACAACAAUGGUGGUUUGUUUUCUCUGGGUUCAGAAGGUGGAGGAAAUCAGGGGAAUUCUAGAACAGUGGAGAGCUAUGCUGGUUUGUUUUCUCUGGGUGCAGAAGGUGGAGGAAAUCAGGGAAAUCCUAGAACAGUGGAGAGAAGGGUUAGGAUUUCAUUACCAGGGCUGUUAAGGGGGCUGCAAUCGCAUGCUGAGACGAGCAACAGUACUGGAGGUGGGGGAAGCAAUGAUGAAGUGAAUAAUGAUGGUAACCGUAGUGGUAGCGGUGAUACUCACGGGGAGCCGAAUCCACGUCCGCGAGGACAAGGACAAGCAAACCAGGAGGAUCUUGAUUAAAUUGUUCACAGUCAUAAGGCAGGUUGCGUGCUGAUCAAGUGAUUAAAUAGUAUCUUCGUAUUGCUAGCUUCUGGCUGAGAUGACUCUAUGUUAGAUCAUGUAAGAUGAACGCCAAAGAGGGUGUGGCUCAGUUAUGUUGAUACUUUAGUUAUCAUACAAUAUUUGACUUCUUGAUGGACCCAAGGGAGGCGGGUGAAAGUGUCU